UUAUCUAUGGGCAAUCCAUUAAGUGUAUAUAUAAUCUAUGGGCGAUCUGCUGCCAUUAAUUGACUUUGACAAUUUUCAGUAAAUCUUAUUUUAUUAUCCAGAAAAAAUAAAAUCCUCGGGUGACUCACGACGAGUGCAAGGCGACGCCCAGUUUCAGUCCUUUAGUUUUGCUUUGGUUUUCAACAUAGGCCUCUCGGACACAGCCGUAAUGGAUAUGAUGGUAUCAACGUUACAGCAGCAGCGGGCUGUAACUGAGCAGCUCCGCAGAGAAGCAGCAAUAAAGAGAAUCCCGGUAUCUGUAGCAGUUUCAGAUAUCAUCAAGUAUAUCAAUGAACACGAGCAAGAAGAUUGCCUUUUGGUUGGGUUUUCGAGUCAGAAAGUAAAUCCAUUCCGUGAAAAAAGUUCAUGUACUGUCCUUUAAAUGAUCUUUACCUCUAAUAUAUUUGGAGUCAUCUGUAAUGGAAACUUCUCUAGUUACUAAUUUAUUAUUAACGUUUAGAUUAUUUCUGUUUCCAUGAUUAAUAUAUCCGAUUUCGCAUUUUAUUGUUAAUUAAAAUGUUCAUGGAUUGUGUUUU